AUGGUAGGCAGCUUGAUAUAUCUCACUCUUACCAGACCGGAUAUAUCAUUUGCUGUUGGAGUCCUUAGUCGUUUAAUGCAAGACCCCCGGAAGCCACAUUACCUAGCAAUUCAGCGUGUACUUCGGUACGUGAAAGGCACUGUGAAUAAGGGAGUAAUGUUCAAGAGGGAGCUGAAUCCAGAAUUGACAGGUAUGUGUGACGCAGAUUAUGCAGGUGAUUUGAAUGAAAAACGGUCAACUACUGGAUAUGUGUUUAUGUAUGGGUCAAGUCCUGUCUCGUGGUGUAGCAAACGGCAGCCCACGGUGUCUCUUUCGACCACGGAGGCCGAGUAUAGAGCAGCUGCCAUGGCUGUUCAAGAGUGUACGUGGUUAACUCAGCUGUUUAGGGACUUGAAUCAAGCCAUACCGUAUCGUAUAAAGCUGUUGUACGACAAUCAAUCAGCCAUAAAGUUGGCUGAAAAUCCAGUAUUUCAUGCUCGGACAAAACAUAUCGAAGUUCAUUAUCAUUUCAUCGGAGAAAAAGUUUUAAAAGGUGAGAUUGAGAUGAAGUGGGUUGAUACUGAUAAUCAAGCGGCUGAUAUGUUCACGAAGUGUCUUUCAAAGUUCAAGCUUCUGGAGUUUUGCAGCAAGAUUGGGUGUGUUUCAAGUGAAGAUUGA